AUGUUUACUCAAUCGCCACUUGUCGUCAUCUGCGUGGCUGCUGCAGUUUGCCUGGGCGCCGUCUAUGCUGCGCCUUCGGACUCUGCGGACGCUCACGCAGAGAUUCGCAGCUUUGUGAACGAGGCCAAGGUGGAUGACAAUAGCUACAAGUAUCAGUUCGAGACCAGCAAUGGCAUCGCUCAGCAGGAGCAGGGCGUGGGUGGCUACUAUGCCAGCGGCUCAUCGCAGUAUUAUGCGCCAGAGGGCCAGCUCAUUCAAUUGACCUACACGGCUGACGAGCAUGGCUUCCAACCACAAGGUGAACAUUUGCCUACUCCCCAUCCCAUACCAGAGGCUAUACUCAAGUCGCUCGAAUGGAAUCGUGCACACCCCGAGGAGGAGCAAGAGGAGCACUAUGGGCAUGGAGGACAUGCCGAUCAGGCUAAUCAGUAUUUGCAGGCGCCAGCUGCAGCAGCAGCGCCCGCAGCAUCGGGUUUGCCCUAUGAGCGCAAGAUUUAA